UAAAGUGUAUCAUUUUAACAUAUAAUCGCGUAUUUCGCGUAUAAACAGUGUGUAAAGUUAAAAUUUUAACCUCGUAAAUAAAAUUCGCAUUCGUCGGCAUAUCUAAUUAUCUACUAUUUAAAGUCACAAAAGUGAUUUAAGAAGAUCUACAUCAAGAAUAAUAAUAAUGAGUCCAUUAAAUCGAGGACCCUUAUUAGGGCCAAGAGUUCCACCAACUGGUAUACGACCUCCACCACCUCCGAGAUUCGGUGGUAGACUUCCACCUCCUGGUUUGCCACCAAGGAUGCCUCCACCUCCUAUGAAUCCAGUUUUCGGACCAAUGCGACAAAGAUUGCCACCGCCACCGCGACCUGGUGGAGUAAGUCGACCUAGUGGACCGAUGCCAUUAUUUGGUCCAAGAGUCAGAGGUAUGGCUCCAAUGGUUCCACCAAUGGGCUUAAGAGGUGUAGGACCUAGAGGACCAUUAAUGAGACCUUGGCACAGAAGAGCAUUACCACCUCAAAUUUUAUCUCAUAUGAGACCAAGAUUUUCUAUAGGGAAUGGUAAUGUUAAACCCAAAACAUUGAAUAACGUGAAAAAAGUCAGCAAACUUGAAGAAUUAGAAUUAAAGAAGCCAUGGAUGACUGAUGAAAUUCGAAGUGAAAUACAAAAGAAAAAUAAGCUGUAUGCUAAAGCAAAAAAGAAUAAAGAUGCAAAAGAAUGGGAAGAAUUUAAGGAUUUAAGAAACAAAGUAACAAGGAUGAUCAGAGAUGCUAAAAAUGAUUAUCUUGCAAAACAUCCUGAACAGGCUCAUCUUUAUCCAAAUAAUAAAGAACCAUAUGAUCAGAGAGAUGAAAAUUAUAUCAGUUCAGAAGAUGAAUUAUUUUAUUGUGAAACAUGCGAUAAAGAUUUCUCAUCAGAAGAUACUCUUUCCGAACAUAGGAAGGAACAUAAACUUUGUGGUAUUGAUGGAUGUACCUUUUGUGCUCAUCCAUUACUUGUUGAAAGACAUAUUACUAUGCAACAUAGUAGUGGUUUGUACCAUAAAAUAAAAAAUGUAUCAACUCCAGAGGAUAUUGAAAAAUGGAUAAUGGAGCGAAAAAAAAGAUAUCCAACUAAAACUAAUAUUGAAUUACGGAAAGCAGAAGAAAUGGAAAAAGUACAAAGAGGAGAAGUUAUUAAACAAAAACAAGAUGUUACUAAACGAAGGAAAAAAAAAUUUGUAAAUUCUUAUAAUCGAAAAAGAAUGGUAAAAAACCAACCUAUUAAAAUGUCCAACAAUAUUGCAGAGGAAAAAGAAACAUAUAGAGGUUUAUAUCAAUUUUGUGGUACAUUAAACUUAAACAAAGAUGAUUUGCAAAGAGACGAUCAAUCUAAUAAUGAAAUUGAAAGUGAUUGUGAGAAAAAUAUUAAUCAUAUUUCUGAUGAAGAAGAAACACUAUCUAUAUUGCCAAAAUUUACUGUUGCUACUUGUAGUAUACCUAAUCUAGUAGCAAACUAUGAAAGUGUUUCUGAAGAGAGUGAUACUCCCGAAGAAAUACCAUUUAAGAAGAUAAAAUUUAAUGAUGAAAUAAUAAAAAAAGAAAUACUACAUGAAAAUGAAGUUGAUAUACAAAAUGUAGAUGUACAAAAAUUGUCUAGUUUACAUUCAACGGAUUCAUUCCUUAAGAUUUCUAAAAUUAAACAGACUAUUAUAUUAAAUCAACCUUUACAAAAUAGAAAACAAAAAAUAACGGUAAAUAAGAAACAACCAUAUACAUCACAGUUGUUAUCAAAAUUACUAUCAAGAUCUAUUCAACAUGAAAGAAACUUAAUUUGUCAAUGUAUAAAAUAUAUAGUAGAUAAUAAUUUUUUUGAAUAA